AUGUAUGUCGGGCUAUCGUCGAUCUACUCAUCGAUCGAUUGCUAUGCUUGCAAUGUGCUCAGUAGCCUUUGGGAGCGGCUACCAUUCCCGAUUUCUCAUUUAGUGCUAGAUUUGCGCGGGAAAACAUCCGAUGUUCCUGUCACACAGAAGCUUGAUGAAGAUGUGGGAAUGACUGACACGAAUACAGCAAGACGUAAAGGACUUCGUCUUAGGAAAAACUUCAGGAGCAUAGAGAACUCGGACCGAAUUUUAAAACGAGAGACAGAUCCUGCAUGUGCUCCGAAUCGGUUUGUUCGCCAAACAAAGUUCGACAACGCUGAAACAUUCCUCUCAGCUUACAACACAUUGUGUGAACAGGUCGAAGCACUUCGGGCGGAGAAGUACGACAGUGGAAAUCAGGUUCACAAGAGGAAAAUACUUGAAUUGUGGCGUUUACUGAGACCGGAUGAUCAUAUCGCUUCCUGUUCUGGAAGACAUUGGCGCACUAUUGGGUUCCAGAGCGAUGAUCCAUCCAGAGAUUUUCGUGGAAUGGGUAUUUUGUCUCUGGACCAGCUGAUCUAUAUGGCAAAGUUCGAGCCUAAGAGAACACGAUCUAUCCUCCUCUUGUCCAACCAUCCUAGAAUUGGAUUUCCACUAGUCAUUACAGGUCAUGUUUUUACUCUUUUCGUGGAAUUUUGGAAGAAAAUGGAUCCUCCGUCUAUAUUGAAUUUCAAUAACGUGAAGUUUAUGACUGAAUUAACUACGCUUUCUGAAACCUCUGAAACGUUGCGAAGUGCUGCUACAGACUUUUUCCGCUUGGUGGCUGAAAGGCAUCAAGAUAAGCAACGCGUUUAA